AUGCAAAUUGAAAAUGUGGAAUUACUUGCAUAUAUAUUGGCCAACGUCUCGGCUACACAGGUUCAGAAAUGUGACUCCGACGACAAACCCUUUCCGUUGGUCGUGCGCAUGCUGAACUGUGAGAUACCCCCUUGCGAUGUUAUUAAUCGCAGUGUAAUGAUAUUUGAAAUCGAUUUUUCGUGAGUAAUGAAAUAUGUGACGAAAUUGACCACUUUGGGCAUAACAGUACCGCCCGAUGGUGUACGCGGUGUCUGUUCGAAUCUCAUGUACGAAGCCUACUGUCCACUUUACGCUACAGAAGAUGUGACCUAUCUCUUUAUGUUCCCAAUAGGCAAUUAUCCGGAAAUCAGUAUUAAAUUGCAAAUAGAUGUCGUUGAUCAGGAUCAGGAGGUGGCCACAUGUUUCGUUUGUAACAUGAAAGUGAAGACGCGAUCCACAAGGAAUAGUACAAUAUAUGAAAUUGACUAUUAG